CAGACACCCACGCGCGAUUCAUCUACCCGCCCCAGCAUUCACCAGAUCCGCGGCAGCCAGCUCUCCCAAAGAAUUUCCCUUCUGCUGCCACCCCCGCAACCCUGAUAACGCCCCUGCCCUGACCACUCGUCGCUUUCCCCAGCCAACACCAGCGGACGCAUAGACAAAACCCAAUUCCCACGUUGCCACCCACCUCUUCGCCUUGUACCCCGCCGAGGACGGUCGCCAGCCUCGAAGUCGCUUCUCCGUAACCCGACCCUGAUCGCCCGCCAUGGAAGCAACUCAAAACGACGAGCUGUACCCCAUUGCCGUGCUCAUCGACGAGCUGAAGCACGAUGACGUGAUUCUGCGUCUGAAUGCAAUCCAUCGCCUGAACACGAUAGCUCUGGCGUUGGGCGCUGAGCGGACAAGGGAUGAGCUGAUACCCUUUUUGGACGAGUCAGUUGAGGAUGAGGACGAGGUGCUGACCGCAUUGAGCGAGGAAUUGGGCAAGUUCGUCGACUUCGUUGGUGGGCCAGAGCACGCGCAUGUGCUUCUCUCACCCCUUGAGAACCUUGCAGCGAUAGAGGAGCCUCUCGUCCGGGAGAAGGCCGUCGAGUCUCUCAACAAGAUCUGCGAGGAGCUGUCGCAGUCGCAGAUCGAGGAGCAUUUCAUCCCUCUCGUCAUGCGCCUUUCAAAAGCCGACUGGUUCACAUCAAAGAUCUCCGCGACUGGUCUCUACCAGACCCCCUACACCCGAGCCACACCCCCAUCGCAAGAGGGCCUCAGACAGCACUACGGCCAGCUUGUGCACGAUGACACCCCCAUGGUCCGAAGACAAGCGGCCAACAACCUUGCAAAGUUCAUCAAGGCAAUGCCCCCAUCAAUUGUCAUCGACGAGAUGAUUCCGCUGUUCCAGCACCUUGCGGCAGAUGAUCAGGACAGCGUCAGGCUCUUGACGGUCGAUAUCCUCAUCGCGAUUGCAGAGGCAGUCCCUAAGGAGCAACAGUCGAGCCAUGGUGUUUUGCUGACUGCUUUGCGGAGUUUGUUCGAGGACAAGAGCUGGAGGGUGCGAUACAUGGUUGCAGACCGAUUUGAGAAGAUUGCGAAAGCAGUCGACGAGGAGGUUGUCAACCGCGACCUUGUACCUGCCUUCGUGAAGCUUCUCAAAGAUACCGAGGCAGAGGUCCGCAGCGCGAUUGCUGGACAGAUCCCAGGCUUCUGCACACUACUCGAACGCGAGACUCUCCUUCACGAGAUCAUGCCUAGCAUAGAGGAGCUCGUCUCUGAUCAAUCGCAGCAUGUUCGCGCUGCCCUUGGCACCCAGAUCAGCGGGCUGGCCCCGAUCCUCGGGAAGGAGGAAACAAUUUCACAUCUCCUCCCUAUGUUUCUUCAGAUGCUCAAGGACGAGUUCCCUGAUGUCCGACUCAACAUCAUCUCGAAGCUUGAGUCUGUUAACAAUGUGAUUGGCAUCGAACUUCUAUCCCAGUCCCUUCUUCCCGCCAUUGUUCAGCUUGCUGAAGACAAGCAAUGGCGAGUUCGCCUGGCCAUCAUCGAAUACGUUCCCCUUCUCGCAUCGCAACUCGGCGUCAAGUUCUUUGACGAAAAGCUUAGCAGUUUGUGCAUGAGCUGGCUCGGCGACACUGUUUUCUCCAUCCGUGAGGCUUCUACUCAAAAUCUCAAGAAACUCACAGAGGUUUUCGGUGUCGAGUGGGCCAACGAUGCUAUUGUUCCCAAGGUCGUGGCCAUGGGCCAACAUCCCAACUAUCUCUACCGGAUGACGACCUGUUUCGCUGUCUCGACACUCUCUCCCGCGCUCAGCCUCAGCGUGAUUGAGCAGUCCAUCCUGCCUAUCAUGGACAAGCUGGUCAACGACGACAUUCCCAACAUCCGUUUUAACGUUGCGAAGUCAUAUGGUACUCUGAUCAACACCCUGAAGCAACUACCGGAAGAAGGCAACGUUCUUGCGCUCGAGAAGGCAGGUACACCAGGCCAAGGUUGCCCCAAGGCUACCGAACUCAUCACAAAGAUUGUUUUGCCAAAUCUGGAGAAGCUGCAGCAGGACGACGAUGUGGAUGUCAGGUACUUUGCGACGACGGCGGCGCAGAGUUUCACGGACUCAAUGCAGACUUAGGAGGUUGUGUUGCAUCCGAUUACCCGGGUGUUAUGAGGAAUCAGAUGGAUGCGUAUGGAUAAUGAGGUGGAUGGAUAGACGGAGUAAAGCCUAUGCUUGGACUCGGUAACAUUGAAGUCUUGUAGCGUACUAAGACAGGCAGAGCCUUGAGGAUUGGGCGAAAUGAAAUGGAACAUGAUCAAGAGAUUACCCAGGGUAGAACUGUAAUGAGUCAUGGUUUGUAAUGCAUUAUUUCGGCGUUCAGGUAUGAGGAGCAG